UCAAGAUGGCGGGCAUCAAUCGAGUUGGAUCCCCUAUGGAUCUGAUCGAUGACAGUAAUGUUUUGUCUUGGGAAAAACUCGAGCAAAAGAAACGAUCACUUGAAAUACAACAAAGAGCAAAAUCACCAUUUCUGAUUGGAUCGAUUGAAGAAGUGAACAAAAAAAUCGGGAAAUUGGACCGGAAACUACAAAGGUACACCCAGCUGGUUGUAGAGAGCCGAGCAUCAGACUAUGCUGAAGAGCAGCUUGUGCGAGGAGAAAGGCCGAAAAGUACUGUGGGGAGGCAAAUUAUCGAACGAAAAGAACGAGAACAGAAGGAGAUGAACAGAUUUGCAGGCUAUUACACUUUAAAACAAACUUUCUUACCUGGCCGAAGUGAGCGAGUAAGGAACAUAUCAAAAAUAAGUCUGUCACCGAGCAAAAAUCAGGUGAAAAAAGACUCAGGCAAGCCCAAAUUUGUGGAGCUGCACCAAUACCCAGGGUACGACCCCACAGAGCUUACAGAACUCCCAGAGGAUGUUCCUGCGCAAGAUAUGAUGAGGAAGGCCACCGAUGCUAUGAUGGACCUGGGCAGGAAGCCACAAUACCGACCAGACUUUGAACGCUGGUUCUACUCCCCCAUGUCGCAAGCUGUUUUCCAGGACAUGUUCUGGUACCUGUUCCUCGACAAGUUCCAGUCAAGCCAGAAUGCCCAGAUCAAACUCUUCAACAGGGCGGCAUUCAACUAUGUGAAACUCAUGCUCUUUGUGAAAAAUCCGGCAUACAGGGACGUCUUCUUCAAUGAUUACCCUAGCCUGAUGUCCCAAUCCCUGUACACGGCCUUCUGCUACUGUUUCCCUGACUCAUAUAGACAGUUUGGGGAAGAAUUCAAGGAAGAUCUGGUCGCCCUUGUGUAUGGUUGGAUUGCAGGGAUCAAGCCCGCCCCUCGGAUCUGGCUGAGGUGGAACAUGGAGAAACUGGAGCCGCCGAAUAUCAAGAUGAGGGAAGAGAUACUCAACGCCAAGAAGAAAAAAUCUAACACAUCCAUUAACUUUGACUUUCUGGACUCCCUAAUCUCCACCAACAUCAGCCGCUAUGCUAGCUCGGCGUCUGUGUCUCAGUCUGCGUCCAAUAUGUCAACCCACUCACGACGGGGCAAGGGCCGCAACAGGAAGUUGUCUCAGAGUGACAGGUCGGGGAAAGGGAGUGGAUCCAGCAAGGUGCCUUCAUCAUCGGCAUCAUCGUCGUCACAGGAGGGCAAGAUACCUGUUGAGCAGACCGAGUCCACUAAGAAGUCUAGCAAGGAGAAGAAGUCAGUGGACCCUCGUAAACUGGUGGAGGCAUUGACCCCUAUACGAGAGACAACGUUUGAGGAUUACGAGUCACAGGCGGAUCAAGGAGAAACCCAGUCGGAGCAUGUCAUCAAGGCCAUGGCCGCAGCGCAUAAGGAGGAAAAACCUAAAGAAGAGUCCCACCCAGCAUGUAAAGGAGCGGACACCGUAAAGUCUGUUUACAAUCUUUACGGCCAAAGCCCAUUGGUUGCACACUUCCUGCGUGUGAAGAAUCUUACUCGAGAGUCGGGCCAGACAUUCCACGUCCAGCGUACAGAGCAGGAGAACCUCCCUCCACUUGACGCCCCAACAUACAAGGAAAUGGUACGAGAGAGCUUCAAGAAAGUCCGCGAAAAAGAAAAGGGCUACCAAGAAAUGUAUGAUCGAGCCCAGAAAGAAAGCACGGUGUUCGCUCGGCAACAGAGGGCAAUGAUGAAGGACCACAUGAGACGAACGACAGCACUUCUCGCUCAGCCUAACGAGGUCAAACGCCUCAGCGAUCUGCUCAUGCUGGAGUUUAAGAGGGACCCUGAUUCACUGUCAGCUGGAGCGGACGUUGCAGUACAACAGGCUUUGUUGGCACAACAGUAAACCCUAUCUGGCCUUGACCUUGGCGCCUGACAACUCACUGUGAUAUUCAUACCCUGACUAAUUCUACUCUACAUUUGACCUAGUGUGUAAUUACUUUAGAGUCUGACAUGUCAGUGACCUUCAGCUUCAAGCUGCUACUCCUUUGAACUUGUGAAUUAGAGCCUGACCUUGACCUAAGUGAACUUCAGAUCAUAGCUUCUUUACCUUUUACUUGAGGAUUAGAGACUGACCUCGACCUAAGUGAACUUCAGAUCCUAGCUACUUCACUUUUAACUUGGUGAUAAGACCUUGACCUCAGUGAACUCCACCUUUAGCUUAUGGAUAUGAGCAUGACCUUGACAUUAGAGGGAGUCAAAUCAGUGACCAUGACAUCUUAGCUGCUUAACUUUGACCUUUGAACUUUCUGGCUUAAUUGUGUGUAUGUAUUAGGUUUGUGUCCUUUGGUAUUGUAAGUUACUGUUGUGUAAAUCAACAAUGUUAUGAUUAUACCUCAGGAAUAUUAAGUUAGAAGAGUAAAAGUCACAAAUGUGUGAAGACUCAAUUAUUAUGCAGGGGUUAUAUAUUUUCAUAUGGAUGUUAGAUCUCAUUUUGACUUUAUUUUAAAUGACUUUUUGUUUGUGCCAAAUAGGCCACCGCAGCUGUUUAAAUGUGUUUGAACUUAAAGCUGCACUCUCACAGAUUGAACGUUUGACUUUUUUAUUUUUUGUCUUAGAACAAGCCAAUUUUGGCGAUUAUCCAUGGAAACCAGUUAUAUAAGACUGCUGACAAAAAUUUAGAUCGCAGAUUUUUAUAUUUAAGCCCAAAAAUUGAUGUUUUAUGCAUUUUUCUUAAACCGUUAGUAACGGUUUAAGCCAUAAAACAUUAAUUUUCGAACGGAAAUAUGAAAAUCUACAAUCUGCCUUUUUGUCAGCAAUCUGAUAUCAUUGGUUUGGAUAUAUUUAAGCAAAAAAUUGCUCUUUCCAAGACAAAAAAUAAAAAAAAGUUGUAAAAAUGGUAAAUCUGUGAUAGUGCAGCUUUAAAGGGACUCGCUCAUGUUAUGGAUAAUAAAGUUUUUCCCAAAAUUCAUCUGAAGGUUUUAUUUUACUCUUUACUCUUUGAUACCUAAAUUGAGGAAAAAAAUACAAUUUAAGUAUAAAAAUAUUCUGAGUUUAGUGUAGAGGGAACACACGCUAGUGUUAUUGUUUUUUAGAAAAACGAUAGCAUAACCACUCGACCACAGGGACUCAUACAAACUUUAUUGGCUAUUUUAACAUCUAUUAAAUACCUUAAAAGCAUCACAUGAUAAUGUCAAUCAACCAAUCACACUACAACCCUUUGCUGAAUUGCUAUAGCAACGAUUUUUCAAAGACAAUAAAUUAAUAUUUAAGCAUAUAUCAACAUUUGUUGAAGGGUUCAAGCUGUAACUUUCUUAGUUUUAAUACUUCUGAUGAUUGGAAACUAUUCAUUUUACAUUUUAAAAAGGUUUGUAAAAAGUGCCUUUUACAAACCUUGAGUGAGUCCCUUGAACUCUGGUAGAAGUUUGUUUUACAUGAAGAGAUCUGACAUAAUUAUAUCUCACUUGUUUCUCCCUUUGUGCCUAAAUGUUUGUACAUGUAUGCCUUAUAAAUUUCUAUGAUACUUUACAUUUAUGGUAUACUAUAUAAUUGUGAUAUACUUUGACACUUAUACAGAACUUGUGAUUAAAAGGCCAUUAUGAAUUGUAACCUAAAUUUAUUCUGACUGUGUUUUAAAUUCACGUCAUUCAAAUGAGUUUUGAAAAGAGGUUUCUUGAAUGCUUUAAAACUUUAAUAAAGUGUUUUGAAUAGUCUAUUUUUUCCCCAUAUAAAUCUGUUUCAUGAUUUUCAGUGAUAUUUAUUUUGCAAAUAAUGGAUAACAGCGAUUUUUAUCCAAGUAUAAUUUCCCUGUUUUCUGACAAAUUCAGUUUCUUUCACUCUUAGAGACAAAUGUGAAUCUCACAUACACAGUGGUGAUUGGUAGAAAUUUAUGAUUUCAUUUCCUGCACAACGUCAUAUUGCUAAAAUUGGGAGAUUUUCCAAUUAAAUAUUAAAGAUGCACUCUUAUUCCCAAAUAAGAUUACCUAAAUUAAUAAAGUUGUUUUAAUUUAUCAAAAAGGAUGAAUAAAUACAUGUCGAAAACAAUGGUUUUUAUGAAGGAUACCGUGUUUAGUUUGAAAGAUAUAAGCAUAAAGCAUGGUAUUUCUACCUUAUGAGACUAUAGUAGACUGUAGUAAAUCUUUUAGCAUUAACCAAUCAUUUAAUAUUUUUGCACUUUCUGCUAUUAAAUACACGGUUACAAUAUUGUUAUCAGUAAUGAAUAUUUUCCAUAAAUGCAUCAUUUAGUAAGUAGUUUAAGGUAUAUAAGUCAAAAUUGAUAUUUGUUAUACAUGUGUAUGCAUUGGUUUUGAAUAAGAGUGUCACUUUAAUUACAUAUCAAUUUUGAUUAAUUACAAACAUUGUUCAGUGUAAGAUUGGAAUGCAUUCACACUGAUUUUUUUAUUCCUUUAUAAGCAGAAAAUGAUUCAAAUAUGAUGCUUCAAAUAGUCAGAAUUAUUAUGAAUAGCCAAGGCCUAUUUAAACUGGUAUAUUAUUUUGUUGUUAAUUAAUAUAAAUUUUAUUAUAUAAUUUUAUGUAUUUAUGAGGGUAUAAGUGUUUUUGUUAUAGUAUUUUACCACAGAAGUAUUAAUAAAAUAAAAA